GACUGGAGAGGGACUGAGUGGAAAUAUUAUUGACACACCAUCAAGGAAAAAGUUCGUGGAGGAAUAACGCGGAGGAAUAAGAGCCGAGGUGCACGUGCCGCGUAGUUUAUAGUUUCACUUUUACGCUUUCGUUUAUUGAGUGUUUGCGGCGACUUUGACGUUUAACCCAAAGAAGUAAAGCGGCAGACACAGCAGCUGAUAUGUUCCCGUGACAGGUUCGUGAAAUGGAGAAAAGUAAGAUGUGAUUUCUUUUCCACUGAGAUGAGCAGAGAGUGACCGCAGCGCGGAAGGGAGGAGUGAAACUGACCGGAUCGUUCCCAGUGUAACAGGACCCGGCCAUUCGAGAAGAUGCUAUAGAAUAUCCACCUGCAUCAAAUCAUUCAUUCACAGCAAAUACAGUAUAUUCCCCUGACAUGACCUCCUCCCCUGCCCUGGAUGCUAACCCGUUACCCCUCCUUCAGCUUGAGGAGGUGGACUCCAGUAAAGCCACAGAGAGGGUGAGCUCCCCAGGACUUCUGCCUGCUAUGUACAGCCCUCCUGUGGGCAUGGACAGCCACACCAUCUGCAUUCCCUCUCCAUACACAGACAGUAACCAUGACUAUAACCACGGGCACGGACCUUUUACCUUCUACAGCCCCUCCAUGCUGAGCUACACCAGGUCACCCAUCACUGACAGUCCAUCAUCUCUGUGUCCUCCCCUCAGCCCCUCAGCCUUUUGGCCUUCUCACACUCACCACAAUGUACCUUCACUUACUCUGCACUGCACUCAGCCUCUAGUUUAUAAUGAACCCAGCCCACAUGCACCCUGGUUGGAUCCCAAAGUUCACAGUAUCAGCCCCAGCAGCUCCAUCAUCAGCUGUAACAAGCUGCUGGGAAAGAAAUCUGAAGGAGCGGAAGGAGUGAAAUCCUCAUCGUGCUCAUCUGCGCUAGGGAAAGCCGACAUGCACUUCUGCGCCGUGUGCCACGACUACGCCUCCGGCUAUCACUACGGUGUGUGGUCCUGCGAGGGCUGCAAGGCUUUUUUCAAGAGAAGCAUCCAAGGACACAAUGAUUACAUUUGCCCUGCCACAAAUCAGUGCACUAUUGACAAGAACCGGCGUAAAAGCUGCCAAGCCUGCCGGCUACGUAAAUGCUAUGAAGUGGGCAUGAUGAAGUGCGGGGUGAGGCGUGAACGUUGUGGCUUUCGUGGUGCUCGACACCGUCGCGGUGGACCCCAGCCUCGGGAUACGACAGGUCAGAGUUUGGUAAGGGUUGGACUGGGUUCUCGGGGUCAACGGCAUCUUCACCUGGGGACACCUGAAGACACCUCUGUCCACACUCACUCAAAUCACACGCAUCACUCAACCAUGAACCCAGAGGAGUUCAUUUCCCGAAUCAUGGAGGCAGAGCCGCCAGAGAUCUACCUCAUGGAGGACCUGAAAAAGCCGUUCACUGAGACCAGCAUGAUGAUGACCCUCACCAACCUGGCAGACAAGGAACUGGUUCUCAUGAUCAGCUGGGCCAAGAAGAUCCCUGGCUUUGUAGAGUUGAGUCUAACAGACCAAAUCCACCUGCUGAAGUGCUGCUGGUUGGAGAUCCUCAUGCUGGGCUUGAUGUGGAGGUCGGUGGAUCAUCCUGGAAAACUAAUCUUCUCUCCAGAUGUCAAACUCAGCAGGGAGGAGGGACAGUGUGUGGAGGGCAUCAUGGAGAUUUUCGACAUGCUGCUGGCAGCCACCUCUCGGUUCCGUGAGCUGAAGCUGCAGAGAGAGGAGUACGUCUGCCUGAAGGCCAUGAUCCUCCUCAACUCCAGUCUGUGCACGAGCUCCCCGCAGACUCCAGAAGAGCUGGAAAGCAGAAACAAACUGCUGCAUCUCCUGAAUUCUGUGAUCGAUGCGCUGGUCUGGGCCAUCUCCAAACUGGGCCUAUCCACCCAGCAGCAGACUCUGCGCCUUGGCCAUCUCACCAUGCUGCUCUCCCACAUCCGGCACGUCAGUAACAAAGGCAUCGACCACCUGUCCUCCAUGAAGAGGAAGAAUGCGGUGCUGGUGUACGACCUCCUCCUGGAGAUGCUGGAUGCCAACACAGCCAGCAGCAGCAGUCAAACAUCAUCAUCCUCGCCUGGCUCUGACACUUACUCUGAACAGCAACAGUUCCCCCCACCGCCAUCUGACCUGCAGCCAGGCCUGGACCAGAUGGCUACAGCUGCUGACAAUACCACUGUGCCUCCAGCGGAAGUCCCGGUCCUGGACGGACAUCUGCUCACCCUUCAGUCUACAUCUCCAUCACAGAAUUUAGCGGGGUCUCACUUGGACAGCAACGAUUACAUUUCUGCGGAGCACCUGUCACUGGAUAAUAGGGAUGCAGGUCCAGGUCCAUCGGUGGAGCCAACAACCUACGUCAUCCCUGAUAGAGUUGUCACGGAAACAGCUUGAGAGUGACAGAACUGACUGAGGCUAAACCUUAGUGGAUAUUCAUCACCCAAAGAUUGGAAAAAAAAAAAACAUAAAAAAACAAAACAGAAAGCGCUGUUGUGAGGUAAAGUUUCUCUUGUCAAGAUUUUUGUAGUCUUUAAAAAAUUUUUUGAUCGAAUGUAUAUUUUGUGUGCGUAAAUAUUUCUUGUGAAUGUGCACUACCAUCGCUGUUCAUAAGGACAUCACUGGCUGGCUGCCCGGCAGCCUGUGUGCGUUUUUUUUGAUAAACAGUAUUUGUAUCUCUUUUUAUCACCUUGAUGUAACAUCCAGAACAAGCCAUCUACAAACCGUCUCCACUUACUCAUAAGGGUGCACUUGGCCAACAAGUCAACGUUCAUUUCUGUAAGAUUUGUUAGUCGUACAAGGACGUAAAAGGACGCUGUUCUCUGUCACCCUAUUGUGUUUUUUCUGCUUUUAUUACUGUGCACUUUGGUGUUUUAAUCUGUGCCUGUUUACGCAGGAAUUUUCUACAGUCUUUGUACUUAUCUGUUUGUGGAUUCAAUCAACAGUAUGUGGCCUUUUACCAAAACGACUGUUAAACUUGUUCUCUGUUUCUCUGGUUAAACUAAUGCUGAAUUUAUACAGUAAACAGUGGCACAGACCCCUUCUGCAAAGGCUACCAGCAAAAUUUGAAAAAAGGAAAAUUUCACAAUUUAGUCAUAGUAAUACAUCUAAUCUGAUAUAAUGAGCUUUAGCAACUUUUUCUCAGACUGUUAGAUUUAGAAUCGGAACAGCCUGACUGCCUUAAACAAGCCAUACCUAAGCCAUAUGUUUGUACAAGCUAAAAUGCACAAAAUUAAAUUACUUUACAACAACAGAAACUUAGUUUUUUAUACUUGAUUUCAGCACUUGAAGUUUAUCACACUUGAAGCUACUGAUCUUGGCUUUACUAAUAUGCUAAUGGUAACACUGGUCACUGUGACAUCACCCGAUGGUUGGUGAGCCCCCAUGAUGAAGCCUUGAGUGAAGAGUUUUCAUUGUUGUCCGUAACAAAGAAAUUUGGAGAUAAGAAAAGUCUAACUCGUUUUUAACUGUGAAAAUGACAUAAAUAUCUUAGAUAAUCCUCCUUUUUAAAAAUGCCCAGAAUUGUGAAAAUUUACUACCUUUUUCAUUAUUAAUUUUAAACUACUGCCUGAGCCCAUAGUGUUUAUUUAAGUCACAGAGUAAGCAGUUCUUGACAGAUGUAAAGUUGUUGUGUAGCCAGGCAGAUUGCCCCCUGCUGGUCAUUAAAAAUAAUGUAGAUGUGUAUGGUACAUGGGUGUUGGCUCCUCCUGUCAGAACCUGGGAGCUUUUCCUUCCCACUGUUGCCAACUGCUUGCCCAUAGGGAGUCUUUGUAUUGUUGUAGGUUUUAGGGUCUUUACAGUAGUAUAAAGCACCUUCAGGGAACGGUUGUUGUCAUUUGGCACUGUAUAAAUAAAGCUUAAUUAAAUGACUUAGCACUGUAUGUCAGCAGUGUAACAGUAAGACACCAAAAAAAAGAGAAAUGUGUUUGUUGCACGUUGCAGAUUUAUCCAUGUUCUUAGCUGUAACUUCUCAUGUAGACAAAUUGAGCUUUGGCAUCAGUCCAGAAUCGCUCUGUUUUCAAGGUUGAGAAACUGUUGGCUGUUGAUAUUUUCCUUUAAAACUAUUCAGCUUCUUGUACAUAUAAACCCUUAAGGGCUCAUUUGUGUGUCUUCUUUGCUUUAUGAUCUCAUUAACCACAUAAGACUUGAGAGAACAGCCUGUUACUUGGAACAUCAAAACUGCAAACAGCUUAUUUUCCGUCACACAAAGCAAACUAAAAGGAAAUAGAUGCACCAUGUACUCAUUCCCAAGUCAUAAAAUGUGCCACUUGUGUGCCAGUGUAAAUUUAACCUUAGUGCCAGAUUAUUUAACCACUGUUAAUAGACCAAUAUAUGUUUACUCUGCUUUAUUUCCUGAUGUUUGUGGAUUGUGCGCACAUGAACACACACCCAAAUCUGAUGCUGAAGCUGUUUCUGUUGGCAGUCUGUGCACGCCGCACACACUCGUGUCAGAUCUUGUGGAUUUUUUUCACCUGUCUUUUCUGUGAACUCACAACCAGCAGCAGCAGCACAUCGUGGCAAACAUGGUUUAUUGUCAGUUCAAAAUUACAAACAGUACAUCCCAUAAAUAAGAGAUCACAAAAUAAAUCAAACUUUACACACCUUUUGUUGUUUCUGUUCUGUGAGGCUUUUGUGCCGAGGCUGAAAUUAUCUACAGUUUUGAAUUGCUCAUAGAAUCUUCUUUAUAACAUUUAUCAGUAACUUUAACAGUAAAUUACACACAUUUAAUGAUCUUUGAUUGUGCAUGGACACAGCUACAUUCACCUCUCAAACGAUUUCUUACAUUCAAGUUCAACUCAAAUUGUGCCGUGUGGCUCUUGAGACGCGCUGUUCAUCUGCACUGGAACAAAAAACAAUUCAGAAAAAUCUCAUGUGUACGUAAUAACGGGUGAUCGUUGCAGACUUUCGUGUCAUUGGUCGAGUUGGAUAGCCCUGCUCAAGUUUAAAACCUCAAAAAAAAAAGCUGUACAAUUUAUGAUAAAUACAGCUCAAAAUAAAUAUAAAAUUCCCUUUCAUAAUACAUGGGUGAGGUUACAUAAAACAAAAAGUCACAUAUAGGGCCAAAACCACAGUCAACUACCAGGUCUGUAGAUGAAUUGUGUUUUUAGCCUUUGGGGGUUGUUGUUGUUGUAAAGCUGCACAUCGACUUUGUGAGGAAACUGUCAUGAGCAAAUUUGACAAUAAUAUUUACCCACUCCCUAAUAUUUUAGAAGUAAAAAUGGCAGUUACCUUUGGAAGAGAAUUUGUUCCUACAGCUGUUAGAUUUUUAUAUUCAUUUAUAUUGUUUAAUAUAACAAUUUUAAUUAUCUGUCUGAGCUACGGGACACCUGAGAGGAUGAAUUAAGUAUAUAUGCAUUGCUGGCUAGCCCACCAACUACCUGUGAACCUACAGCUCGUUCUUUUAGGCAAAAAGUGCCAAACAGCAGGUGAACAAAGUUAGCUGCUAGCCGGCUAAUGUGCAACUUUGGAAACAGCAACCACAGCUGCAUCAAGGUGACUCUUAGGUUGAGUGAUCGGCUAAAAUAUCACACGUAUAUCAUAGGAAAAUAUUCAUCACACUGACUCUUAAAAGUUUGUUUAUCACAUUUUCAAUAUAUCAACUUAAGAGUUUUUAAAUUACAACCCAGCUAAAUAGCACAGUUGAAAGCAACAAUUUACCCUUUUUUUCUCAGUAGUUUUCCAUUAUAUACAAGAUUCAUUUAUAACAUUAAAAGAACAUUAUGAGUUAAAAGAAUGGUUGUUCUGUUGGAUACACAAAGGCAUGUCUGCUAAGGAGUCACUGCCAUUAUUUACAAGAAAAAAACUCUUACAAUUCCUAUUUUAAAUAUUUCAAAACCCAAAUAAGAAAAAGAACACGUGUCUUUUCCUUUCUGUACAAAAUGUGCUUUUAACAACUGCCCCCGAACCUAAAGAAACCCCCUAAACAAACAAAAUUGGUACAAAUAGCUGCAGUGGUAGAAAAUGGCUGGUGUACUCCUCACAUUUCUUCAGUUGCUUUGGUAAUAACCGCCCUCGAAUCCCUCAUACCGCACUAUACAAAAUAGAAGAUAUCAAAAUAAAUCGUGGAGCCUUU